AUGAGUACGCGUGAAAAUUCUUUUGAGGCAAACGGUCCGGUUCGGAAGGUGAGCCGUGUGUCAAGAGACAACAGACCCCUGAAGAGUAGUCGCUUCUUGGCUUAAUUUAAAACUAAUGAAUGUAUGUGGUAAAAAGAAUGGCACUUAUUUAGGUUUCUAGAUAAGGACACCACGAUUAUCCAUCUCAAAUUAAGAUAAAACUUGCGUGGGUAUGCCAUAGCGGUCUUGUUAUAAUUAAUCACAUUUACAGUUUGAGCGGCGGCUUGGAGUGGGCGGCUGGCACGUUGGGGAGGUACAGUCGGGAAUUCCAGAUUAUUCUCUCAAAAAUGGACCCUACGCGUAUUGUUGAGGCCCUUCAGGCAUCCCUUCAACCAGAUCAACAAGCGGAUGCCGAAAAAGUUCUCCUUGAGGUACGAAGAAACUUUCAGCAUCGAAACUGUCUAGAUGCACAAAAUCAUUGGUUUCGCCCCAACCCUUCUUCAAGUCGUUCUUGAAAAUGGUUUGGAGCUUCCAGUCCGUCAAGCGGGGGCCGUAUUUUUCAAGAACAUGGUCUUAAAAUCAUGGAAGGAACAGGAAAGUAAAAGUCCUGAGGGAGUCAUAGCUUUCCAUAUCCAUGAGAACGACAGAGAAAGCAUACGUAGUGUAAUCGUACCCGCAAUGGCAUCCUCUCCUAUUCCUAUUCAGUAAGCUUCCUCAUUUUCAAGCGCAUUGUCAGAAAUAUUUUGCAAGUUGCCCUCUUCCGCAUCUUGAAAUACGAUUUUCCAUCUCGCUUUCCGACGUUUGUGGAGCGCGUUGCCGGAUAUCUGAAUUCUGCUAAUUUCGUAGAGUUCCACGGGUCCCUCUUGAGCGUUUAUUCUCUCGUUCAAGCCUUUGACCGGCAGGCCAAUGACAAAACUGCACUGUCUGCCGCGAUGAAUACCGUCCUGCCCCAUGUCUAUGAACGCAUGGGGGUUCUUUUGUCCGAUACGUCAGACGAAUCUCUGAGUCUGCAAAAACUUGUUUUGAAAAUAUUCUAUCGUUACACUGAAUACUACUUACCAACGGAUUCUAUCAAUGAGCAGGUAAACCAUUGCAAUCGUAUUUCAAUUUUCCGAAGUGGGUUUCACACUGGCAUACCCUUUUGUGUUCCAUCCUGGAAAACUUCAAUGGCGCCAACGAUGAUGCUGACAGCGCGUAUUGGAAACGACAGAAAUGGGCAGCAAGGAUCUUGUAUUGCUGGUUCACGCGGUAUGGAAGUCCAGGAAACGUCCAAAAGAAAUAUAAGACCUUCGCUGAUUGGUAUUUGAAGGGCUUCACUCACCAAGUCCUCGCAUCGUUCCUCAAAGUUUGUGAUGCCUACCGCCAACAAAUUUACAUUUCACCAAAAGUCCUUGCAGAAACGCUUUCCUAUUUCUCUGCCGCGUAAGCCUGUCUUAAAACUUUGACUCCGCUAGACUGUGCCACGCGUUUUCUUGGAAGUUCCUCCAGGCCUCAUUUCCAAUGUUACUGCAAGAAGUUAUCCAUCCUCUCCUAUCGCACGAUAAGGAGGCCCAGGAUAUGUGGGAGGACGAUCCCAUUGAAUACAUCCGAUACAAAACCUGUAUGGUUGCGUUUGCUCAUUUUUUUUCGUAGCUGUUUACGCCAGUCUUCACAACCCUGCCGAUGCGGCCUGCACAUUUAUCAGCGAUGCUUGUUCGAAGAGGAAGGGCAUUUUGGACAGGUCAAUGCAGUACUGCAUUCAGGUUCUGUCGUCGGAUGCCAAGCCUGAAGCGAAAGAUGGCGUUCUGAACCUGGUUGGGACAGUAUGCGACACGCUCCUAAAAAACAAGACCUACAAGGUUGGUAGGCCUCGAAACUUUGGUUACCAAGCUUUCAUUUCUACGUAGAACCAGCUCGAAUCCUUCCUCAUAACUCACGUCCUGCCACUGUUUGAGGCACCAGAGGGUUACAGACGUGCUAGAGCCUGCUGGCUUCUUGGGAAGUUGUCGCGUGCCGAAUUUGGCAAUACGGCCCUUCUAUGCCAGGCGGCAGAGGCUACGAGGAGACUCAUGUGCUUCGACACGGACCUGCCUGUCCGUGUUAGCGCCGCUAACGCUGUAUUUGCAUUGAUCAGGGACCAGGACGAUAGUAAGUAGUCCACAUAAAACCUGGAUCUAGUUUUACUCCCGUUUUCAUUGCUGUAAUCUAUUCCAUUUUGCCCGAGUUUGUCUUUUCGCCAGUUGGUUUUGUAAGUAGCUUCCACUUAUACUUCCUUUGCGGGGGCUUAUACAUGUCGUAAAUGAAGUGUCUGUCAACGGCAUUUCUACUCUGCAUGUGUGUAAAUGUUUUCGUGUUCCAUGUCUUCGACGCUUCCAGGAGUAUAACAUGCUUAACCGCCAAGCCUCCAAGAAGGGAUUAAAUCGUUAGCUAUAAGUCAACAUGUUGCUUAUUCGCCUAGUUUAGGAAUUUUAGUGUUCUAUUAUCUCGGGUGGAUUUCUCUUAUGUUUAUAACCUUUUUAAUGAUUGGGUGGCAGUGAUGGUAGUUACUGUCCGUGCUAGGGGCUUGAAUCCCAGUAAAGUUCCGGAAGCUCCAUAAACCAGGCAAACUGAUGCACAACCUCUCAUCGGGAAGUCCAGACAAGCGUUCUUCGCAUCAUUGUUGCGCCAAACCGACAUUCCUGACGAAUGAAAAAGACCUUUGACUUCAGGUCACCUCGUCGCUUGUACCGGGCUACAAAGCCAACGUCGGUAAAGGAGAAAAAACGGACUUAAAGGUAUUAAAUUCGGAUAACAGAAUAGUUAUCCGCGUUCACCGACAGAGAAGACCACCAACGCAAAUCUCUGACGCCCUUGAACGACGAAAAAGCGUACUGGAGCAGCCUUGCGAUCGGAGCUGCCAAGCGCUGAAUCUGUCAAAGAAACCAAAGAUCCUCAUAACCGAGGACGGGCGCAUGAAAAAAAAUUUGCAGGUACGACUAUGGCGCGGUUUUCGGUUUGUCGAAAAUACAACAACAGUUCCUCCGACCGGUCGUUUCGCCAAAGGACAUGCCCACAUACGAGGACUGGGAAACUGAAAUUUUUCAUCGCAGGUCCACCAGCAAUAAUGCAGUCAGUCGAACGGUUCCUGAGUAGACGCAAAAACUCCAUGGUUGGACCAAGGAUUUAGAUAGUCAUCUGAGGUACCUGCUCUCUCCACCUUCAUGCGCUAAAUUCUCAUAGUCGAGUCGCUCAGGGAUCUGCUGCAUUGAAACUUUUAAGAACGGUCACACCAGUCCAAGAGUUGUCGACUUCCCAACAACUGACACGACCAAAACUACUGCGGGAACGCACCAGAACCUGCAUCUGGCUCUAUGCGUGAUCGACGUGAGCGCUCCACCACCAAAGAAUGCACGACGAUCUGGCAACCGACACAAGGCGGGAUGUCUAGGGGACGCUCCAUUUUACGAGUAGUCGAAAGUGAGACGCACAACACUUCCGUAGGGGGCGACGUUGACUAAAGAAGUCUCGUGUCCGGUUGAACAUUCGACACACUAAAUAAUGGCAAACGUUCGUUGAAUACACCAGCCCUUGCUACUUUUAGAAACACCAGGCAGUUGCUACAUCCCUCUUGGUGAACGCAUCCUGGAGAAGCAGCCUGAAAAAAAACUACUUUUUGCGCGGACUCAAGGUUUUGCCUGUGUGCCGCCCCUUCCAGUAAGCGUAAGAGGUAAAACAGACCACAGUUUACCCUCCAUGGUUGUUCGCCCGUUGCAAGUAAUAAGAAUCAUAAGUCUCAGGACUCGGGGACUUUCUGUGUUUAGAUAAGGAUGUAGUAGGGAUGACCGCAACAUCUAUCUCGCUCUCUUUUAGGUUAACCCCUAAGUUAAACAGUUUAAACGUAAUCCAUAGGUCACAUGUCUGCUAGAUGGAAGAUUUUUGCUGCAGUGCUCCUAUUCAGGAUUUCGAAGAUUAUCGUCAAUGGCUGCAAUUGAUGGUGUUUGUCAGUUGGCAUCAGAAAUAGUAUUUUCGCAACACAUCCGGUCCUUUUUGACUCGCGUAUUUUUGAGUGGAAAUUGUCGCUGCAACGUCGACAUCCCAUAUUCUCAUGUCAAACUCGUAGCCACUACUGAACGUUUAUGUGCAAAUUAUGAAACAAUCUACUUUCUGACUCUCCUUUUUUGUUUUUCAGCUCGGAAGGUCAUGCUGUCGCAUCUUCCAGACCUCGUAAUGCGUGAGUUCUGUUCAAAACAAUGUUUCCUCUAUAAACCUUGUGUGAUUGCAUGCUGCGUUUGGUCGUCUCUUUCACUGCCCAAUCAGCUGAUGCUGCAUUCGCCAGUAGGCCGCCUCCAACACUACUUCGCAGGAACAAGUUGGAUAGGACGUUUUGCCUGUUAUGGCUGUUGUUCUCAGGAGUCCUUUUUGGACUAGUACAAAAAGUUAUAGGGUACAAGACUGUACAUAUAAGUUGUGGACGGCGUCGGUCGGGAGGUCGUCGGGACUGCUAUAACCAGACGUUGCUGUGUGCCUGCAUCUCGCUCAUAAUUAUAUACGUAAAUAUGCCGCCAUCACCCUGGACGGCAGGGUCGCACUGGCGGAGUCCGUUGGUGAAAAAGUAAAUACUCAGGUAGGGAUUUUUCCUAACAAGGCCAUCUUUGGUCUCGCAGGGGUGAACAAGCCCAAGAACGUUUUUCAAGGUUGAGAUAGUAGGCCAUGUUUACCGGUACUUGAAAUAACACCUUCGUAGUUUCUCCUAUUUGAGAUUGUUUUCGCGCAUUCUACUCGAUGGCUCUUUGUGUGUGCAUUAUAGAUUUGCCAUGUUGAGGCACAACACCCUGUUGACCAAUCUUUUUUCAUUUUAGAACUUAUCAAGCUCCUGCGUGAGACCGAAUUCGACGACCUCAAUUCAGUUCUUCGGGAAAUAAUGAUCCACUAUACGACUGAAAUCCAGCCUGUCGCCAUCCACAUGCUUCAAGAGCUUGUAAGACAUCCUCGCCUGUGUGCCUACAAACCACGUUGUAAUUUUUCCAGUCGGAUGUGCCACCAACUUUCCUUUAUUCACUCUGAUCCUCUGUUAACUGUCAAUUCACCUUGCUUGCUUUAGAUGCUACUCAUGCAUAGCUGAAAUGGCAUUUGCCAUCUCCCUUUGUCCCUCCUAGUCGGCGACAUUUGUCAAAUUAGUUGGCGUGGCUGAAAACGGCGACGCCGGUGAGGCGAACGCUGCUGGCGAUGUGGAGUACAACGAGGAGAAGGAGUACCAAUGCCUUGUCGCUACUGGCGUCAUGGAGAACAUUGAAACUCUCAUGCAGGUGAUGGAGGAGCAGGAGGAGCUCAUCGCCAGCGCAGAGCCCGUGAUCAUCCAGCUGGUGCAAAUCAUCCUCAAGCACAACGUGACGGACUUCUACGAUGAGGCCUUUUCCCUCAUCUGUUCCCUCACCUGCACCAAGAUCUCGCCGCUGAUGUGGUCAGUUUUUGACUGGCUCUACGAGGCCUACGAAAAGGACGCUGAGGACUGUUUUGCCAGCAUGAUGCCAACCCUGCACAACUAUGUUACCGUCGAUCCGAAGGGCUUCAUGGCUGCUCCCCAUCGCGUGGAAAUGCUCAUUUCCAUGUGCACCAAGGUAGGGUCCUGCUUGGGAGAACUCAUAAACUGAUAAAUCCGCGCUAUGUUUUUGUGCGGCACUCAUUCUGUGCCCGCUUACGUCUGGUUUGCCGUCUCAUUCUAUCGUCUAAAGCCAUUUUUCAAGGAUCGACCUAUUCCUUAUCUAGUCAUGUCUUUGCGAACAGUGUAGUUCUUUUGGUUUCCUGAUCGGCGUGGAGUUGCUAUCAAGUCACAAGGAGCUAAAGAACUUAAGCAGUUGUCGUGGGAAGGUCGAAGCAGCAAUGUGCUUCUGGGUUGAUUUGAAAUACACCAGGCCUGAUUUAAAUCGUCUCAUGAAAAUGCCAUUAUUCAGGAUAAACGGGACCUCACAAUGCAUGCAUCCUAUUUGUUUAGAUGUCAAAUUAUUGUCAUUCCUGAAAAUUAUCCGUCUUCAUUUGUUACACAAAUGCGCAUUAUAAGUAAAAAGAUACGACAUAGAUGUACCAGUGUUGAGGAAGGCCUCCAUCCUUCAGACUAAUUUUCUCCACAUGCGAAAAACUCAUCCGCCCCCCGAACACGUGUUCCUCCAGCUUAUCUCCGAUCUCGCCAAUGGUGACUUGACAACCCUGGCGCUUUUAUGCUUACGACAGGAUUUUUGUUUUACAACGCCUAAUCAGGUGGGUGGGAUGCCUCACAGAUUUGGUUGUCUCCGAGUCCUGAAGUCACUGUUAGGCCUCAGGCUGUGAGACGCUGUGUGCCGUUCCGGGCCAUAGCUCCUAUUGAGUCGGGCCUUUUCAUACUUUCAGGCGCUUCAGAUAUGAAACUCCAGCCCUCUUUCUGGAAUGCAAGGGACGUUUUUGAUGGCCGUUCUAUAUAUGCUUAGGUGGCUCCUCCCCUGCUUGGAAAGUUAAUUUAAGCCUACUGCAAAGUUUUGUUGUCCCCGCAGUUCGGUGUCCCGUCGUUGAUGAAGGACGUUUUGUUUGGAGAAAGAAGGACGCAUCUUCUCCCCUCUGUCUGGACUCCUUUACGUUGUCCUUCCCUGCUUUCCUCAUUAGCAUAAGUUCGUGACAACAUUGUCAGCCCACAUGUUUUACGAAAUUCUCCGUCCACUCUGUCAUCCAAAACGCGGAAGCAGUUGACCACACUUCUAAUGUGGCUGGAGAAAUGUUUGACAAGUCCUUGUAACUCGAAAUCGGAGUUCGAUCAAUAACAAUGACACCCGACACGUCGUCUGGCGUUAUUCACAAACCCAGGGGCAUUAUUUUCGGCUAAUGGUGAUGUUUCAAAUCUCGAGUUUUUUUUGCAUAUUUAUGGCUUGAAAAACAAUGGUUUUGCACACUUGCUGUAUGCCUGAUGGGCCGGAGCCGAUAGCCUACGAGGUCAAGUCUUAUUUUCCUAAUGGACUUAGUUAAUUUCAAAGUUUGCUUUUUGUGUCGAUAUAUGUGCAGAGGGAAGGGAGUAUGUUGUUAGUCGCUAUGCGACUGCCUACGAGGGCUCCAAAUUGAACACCAAGACAUGACGGACAGAGUACGUCCCGUUACCUGGUUGGUAAACGAAUCUGUCACGAUCAGAAGUAACGUGACAACAAGCCCAUGACUCAGUAGCAGACCGUUGUACAAUUUAGUGCUCAAGGACCAAAGGACCUAGGUUCGAAUCCCUCCACCAUCUAGACGUGGGGUUGGAUGUCGCUGGUUGACGACGUCUCAAAAGCCAUCUAAUCCUGCACAGUUCGACCGUCGAUUCCGAAGAUGUCCACCGUGUGCUACACAGCAAGGUGCGGCGGGCACGGUGACUUGCGCGUGAAUUAGUUUAUAGUGAUAGUAGACUUGCGCAGCGUCUGCCGCCCUCUCUCCCACUCCCCACCUUGAUCCUGUAUCAAGACAGAGUCAAAAACACCGGAGGCGGGGGAGGGCGCAGUUGAUCCAACCCCCAUUUGCCUUUGUCGCUAUCCUUUUUUGCAUAUAUAUAUAUAUAUAUAUAUAUCAAUCAGGAAUGGGCGCACACCGAUCUAUUGGCUUCACAAAGCAAACAAGCUCCGUAUGUGUGGCAAAGGUCACGAACAGGCAACCAAUUACCAGGCCGAAGUCGGCCAAGUCAUAAUAGCAGCGAGGAGGGACGACAGAGAAUGCGGGUAGAUUGAUACAGCACUGUUUCGGGCUUAUUCUGCCUUCAUUCAGCCAAUCAUAACCCUGACCACCAGCAGCUGAGACCAGAAACACAAACAUGCGCACAGACGCACCUGGCGCAGUCGGUCCACCACUGAGGCCUACCAGAUGGGUCUGUGGUGGACCGACUGCGCCAGGUGCGUCUGUGCGCAUGUUUGUGUUUCUGGUCUCAGCUGCUGGUGGUCAGGGUUAUGAUUGGCUGAAUGAAGGCAGAAUAAGCCCGAAACAGUGCUGUAUCAAUCUACCCGCAUUCUCUGUCGUCCCUCCUCGCCGAUAUAUAUAUAUAUAUAUAUAUAUAUAUAUAUAUAUGUAUGUGUGUAUAUAUGUAGGUCCAAGUUUUGUGAACGUCUGCCGUGCCAGAUCAGCAUGCCAUAACCCUCAACCUGGUGUGCGCCGGCAGUUCUCCAGUAUCUGGUUCUCUGGCGGUAGGUGCGCUUGCGCUCUCGCUGAUAUACAGGUCUUGUGCAUGGCUGGCGCAGUUGGUCCACCACUGGAGUUUACUAGAUGGUCAAAUUGGCAAAGUUGAGAGAUCCGGGUUGAUGAUUUGAAGGAAAAGACGGGCUCACCGGAACGGGCUUAUUUGGGUGUUGACGUUUCGAAGAGCUUGCCAACAAAGCGCUUUAAAACGUCAGCACCCAAAUAAACCCGUUCCGAUGAGCCCAUCUUUUUCUUCAAAUCAUCAACCCGGAUCUCUCAACUUUGUCAAUCUAACCGUCUAGUAAACCCCAGUGAUGGACCAGCUGCGCCAGCCUUGUGUGCGCAUGUUUGUGUUUCCGGUCCCAGGUGGUGGUCAGGGUUACGCUUGGCUGAAUGAAGGCAAACAAGCCCGGAGACUAUAAUGGCCAUUUCUGGCUUAUUAGCCGUCGUCGACCAGCCAUGUCCAAUCUGGGGCUUGAUCCCGCGACCUGUCGGUUAGAAGUCCAACGCCACUAACCAAUGAGCUACUGGCAUGUCCUAUCGGCUGUGAUCGGCUAUAUACAAUGGCGGAAGGACGCUCAUCGAUCGUGCUACGGAAUGCACUAGUUCUGUUGUGCCUUGUGGCUCCUUCUUGGGCCCCGCUAGCAGCCACAAACAGUGUCCGAACCUUAGAAUGGUAACUGUUAGCGCGAAUUUCAUUCACGGGAGAAGGGAUACAUCUUUUCUACACACGUUUUCAGCAAGAAAAUACGCUCCUUCAACUGAUUGACCUCUAACUUUCCGUCUUUCGGACAUUUUAGAGUCUGAACAGUGAUGAGGACGAUUCGAACGAGGCCGUCCACGCCGCCAAAAUGCUAGAGGUCUUGAUUAUCAACUUCCGCGGACAGAUGGACGCUGUCGUUCCAAAAUUCGUCGAACUCACAUUGACAAAACUGACUCAGUCCUCCACAAACGUCGAACUUCGCAUGAUUUGCCUUCAGGUAUCCACUUUGUGCAAGCUAGGUUUUCAUCAAAGUCUACUUAGGUGACUAUCGAUAUCUUUGUAUACUCUGUUGGUGCAGUAUUUUACCACGUGUUACCUGUUCAAUCGUUUAAAUGAGAGGCACUGACAGAGCGCUGCUGCCUUCAGGCUGAAAUGCCUUCUACUGUAUCAAUUUUGUGGUAGAUAUGACCUAUCCUCGCAAGAGACCCCUGCGAUGUAACUCAAUUAUAAGUAAUUGCCACUGCGCCUUAGAUCGGCGACUUGAAACAAUUAAAGCUCAAAUUGCGUUUCAUUGACUGACGCAUAAUUGUGCUGACAUUCAGUCCUAGAGGGUGUUUUCACUCCAGGCGAAAGAGGCUCUGAGAGGGUUUUCUACACAACUUCCUGCUUUCCUCUGUUCACACAGGUCGUCAUUGCGGCAAUUGUAUCUUCUCGCGCAAUUGUUUUGCCUAUUCUCUCAACCCACAACUGGCCGGGCACGGAGACCCCCAUUAUUGAGAACUUCCUGAAAAUCUGGCUAGAAAACAUUUCGCGGUUCACUGGGUAAGUCCUACCUUUUUAUAGCCUUGAUUCCCGAACACUGUGCUGGGCCCCUUUGCUAUUGGGGAUGUCUACUGAUCUGACCUGAUUACGGGACAGAGUAUACGACCAUUUGUACAAGCGUUAGGCCCGAGUUUCGUGGCACAACGCAAAGCCUUUGUCCACAUCAUAUGUGUAAACGCCUCCCUUCCGGAAGUUGUGUUAGGCCGGAAUGCACACUUGACCACCUUAUAGCCAUUUUUCACCCCAGUCAACUGGGCUCAUGCAUUUCUCUGGUCCCCGCUGGAAGAGGCCGACCCAGCAGAACCUUUUCUCUGUAUGACACAUCGGGAUUCGUAGCAGACUGGGUAGCUGGGUUCUCAACCGAACUGAGAGUCAGCAUGACAACGGUAGUUUCUUCCUCAUAUGGCUGCUAUGGUAGAUAUCGUCAAUGAGAGCCCUGUGUUAUAUUACUCAAGUCUGAAGGCCGGUACUUGUGGAUGAAAGCCGAUGGAACCACUUUCAUCACAAGUUGCCUUGACCGCGUUUGCCACUGGACAGUUAUCCCUUGGUCAAAUCUAAUUCACGCUCGCGUCAACACCAUUCGUCUGGGUGUAAGUGAUUAACACCAUCAUACUUCCCAAGAGAGGGGCCCUCGAACCAAAAGCAAAUUCCGACUGUGAAGUAGGUUGGAUCUCCUGGCUUUCUUUGUUAGAUUGACAGUAGAUGGUAAACCAUCUCUUACAAAGACGCUGGAAUCUUGAACUUCCAAGUUUAGCUUCAGCGACUUCAUCUCAAAUGAGACAGUCCACGCUCGCUGCGAUAGCAUCGCCGAGAUAACUCAAGCCAUCCAAGAAAGACGACUGAGGUGGUUUGGGCAUGUUCUUCGUCGUCCACCUCAGAAGCUCAGUGUUACUACCCUCGAUCCGGCAGCGUUACCCCAUAGGAGGCGUCUAAGAGGGGUCAGUUCAAAACCUGGCCCGACACAGUUCGUCAAGACAUGGAGAUGGUUCUUGGACCUUCGGUAUUCGGUCUCCGUCGUUGGCGAAGGGAAUGGGUUGAGCUGUCCAGAUCUGCUGCCACGGAUCGUCGCGCGUGGAGAGGUACAGUUCGGGACAUCAUCGAGGCCGGCUAGAUCGGGCAUGAUCGCAGCCAUAUCAAGUACAAGUUCCAAUUUUAGCUACUGAUACCGCAUUCCCUGGCAUGGGAGUCGUCAGUUCUUGGUCUGAUCAUUGAACUGAGCCUAGGGUCGGGGCAUGCCUAACUGGCCUGCUCACGUGUUCAUGGUGCAAUCUGUGGCUGCGGAUUAUAAUUCUCAACGCGCGACAGUCUGCGGUAGAGGAUCCAGAGUGCUUGAUCCACUUCUGCUUGGUAGCGGAGACCCAGCGGUGAAGGUCCAGGGACCACCUCUUUGGUGCGCGCACAGCUAUAUGGUUUUUUUUCUUUUCAAGGACCGGGUCGCCGAAUUCUUUACGGUUGUGUUUGCUCGACCUACCUCCCCCGCAACCUGCUACAUUUCUUAGCUCACGCAUUCUUAUUUCUCUUGGGACUUCAGGCUGCACGACCGUCGCGUCUGUGUGCUGGGACUCUGCACUCUCCUUUCUCUCGGUGACGACGAACGGCCCCCGGCUGUGAACAAGUUCAGCACCCAAUACCUCCCCGCCCUCCUGCUCCUCCUGAACGGCCUGAAGGACGCCUAUGUCCUCAAGGCUCAGGAGGAAAAUGAAGGUGAGUCAUUGGUAGGCCUGCUAUGCUUAAAAGUCCUAUAACAGCCGUUCACCCUCCAUGUUGUAUAACUGUCGUCUUGACCUAUCCGGCUUUGUCAAUACAAGCGAAGAGACGAGUCCCAGGAUUUAGUUGAUAAGAAGUGGAAGCUAUCGCUGGUACAAGAACCUUAUUCGCCUGACGUUUCGGAUUCUCGCUCGAACCAGUCAUCAGAAAGGGGCGAUUCGUGCACAGGAAUUUGCAGUAUUUAUUCGAUGCAGUCGCUAUGCUACUGCAUACCUAUGAUAAUUAACCGUUCCCUUCAUCGGGGAUUGUUGUCCGCUGGUGCGCCAAUUAAUUGGUUGUCGACAUGCAAGUUGUUAAUCACUCUUUUUCCAGCGAUCGCUUCUAAUUUUUAUGUCCUGCUUUAACAAGCGGAUACUCAUGUGAGUCGACGCUUAUGGGGAAUUCUGCCGGGAAGGUGUUUUGAUUGUCAGAAAUAGCUGUCUCUAUCAGCUUUUUCGCGUCAAACCUGCCAUAGUCUUAAAGCGUCUGAGAUCAAAGUUGUCAUUAGCGUUGUCAUGAAACCAUGUCAAACCGCCCGCAGAGUGGGCGGUUUGCACACCGCUGCCUUAGGCAACAUCAAGCGCACUGUUUCUUGCCAACCUUAUUCCGAUGGCGAUUCGAAGUCAGAACGACCGGGCGUAAUGGCCUGCGGAACUCAACUUCCCGUCAACGCGUUCCGCGCACGUCAAAUUGAUUUCAAAUUGGUUUCAAUUGGUCUCCAGGUCUGUGGUUGUCGUGCGUGGCACGCGUAGACGGGAAGUUUCAAGGUCAAGUUGGUCUCAACUGAAACCACACGACGACAACGACAGACCUGGAGACCAAUUAAAACCAAUUUGAAAUCAAUUUGACCUUAAAACCAAUCUGAAUGCCGAUUAGGCCACGAGUCCCUGUUAUGCUGAACUAUGCUCGAAACUAUUCAUUCGGGAGAUGACCUAUCUAACCUAACUGCAGGACGAAAUGUAUGACCAUUUAUGUAGGUGUUGUUAGGCCAGAGCUUCAUGGUACAACGAUGUGUGACGCCUCUCGUCUGGAAGUAGUUUAUGACAGAUUGCAGUGUUCAUACUAAAGCUCUGUGAUACUCCGCUUAGUUUCAUAACGCUUAAGUCUGUUCCUCAGUCAAGGGUGUAAAAAAGCCUGCAAACUGCAAUGCUUGCUUUCAGCACUCCCAAGCAGCUAGCCGGAUUCUUGGACCGUGAUAGAGGUACUUGUGACUAUUUGGCGGUGACUGGUAGACUUAGGGUUGGGCUACAAUGGCUCCUAAAAGUGGUUUUUGUGGCACUUACAUACGUGAGAUCCGUGCCGCUCUUCAUCCCCUCGCACAUAUUAAGGACCAGGUGUGUGUGUGGCACACGUAGGCUCUUGAUCUGCUUCCAGUUGCCUUCACGCUGUCACGCCAUCGAAGUAUGGCGGAUGAGAGAGGAGAGAGUGUGGUAGACGCUGCACAAGUCUGUCCCACUAGACCUGAAUUCACCGUUGCUGGGUCCACUCUGUUGGACACGAUGUGGUCCUCCCUGGUUACAGUCGAGCUCGUGUCUAACAUAGACCGACUUUUUGACGAAAAACGACGGCCUCCUGAUUGAGUCCAUCCCGAUCCUCAUCGAAGGACUCGAUGUAAGGUCACGGACGGCCCAGACUGUCGACACCGCCGAGUAGAGAAAGUGACUGCAUAUUGUCUAAGUAGUGUUUGCUACAGGCGUCGACCACCAUUAGUCCUAGUUUGCCCUUCCAUGGAGUUGACAGAACCACAGACCGGUGCGGCCUACUGUCCGUGAUCAAUGAGGAAUUCUCGUUGACCAGUGGGCUCUCCCUUUUCCGAGGCCAGUAACUGUCGCUCCCAGCGCCUCCCACGGGUUUUGCGUAGUUAAUCAGUACCCAUUGUCAGUUACACUCUAUCAUGCAGAUUUCGUCACGCACAAGCCAUCCAUUUUGCUCAAGCUGCAUGCGACCUAACCGUCUGAGGUGCUUACCUUCCAUUGCAUCAUCAGUGGUCCUCCCCUGGAGGGAGUGAAUUUAUCCAUUUAAAUCAUGGUUCCCCAGCCGGACCGCAUUAUCUUCGGGGUUUACCCAGUUGAACCGUACUUCACAAAAACCAGUCGCCUACGAAUGCCAUAGUUCAGAAUAUGCCAAGUCAAGAUGGUCUCUUACACUUAAAUCUCCGUCCUAUGUUGACACUUGCAUCCGGGUCAGAGACGCUUCAAUGGACUGUCAGACUUGCUGAUCGCUAGUUGUAUGUUGGGGGGGUUAGGUUUGUCUAGAACACAAUUUCACUCUAGCACAGGGUGGUGAACCCCUUUAGCUGCCCACCAUCUCCAUGUGAAGCAGCCGAGUCGUACCUUUUUCUGUGUCAGCAGCGACUACUCGGAUUGCAUCUGCCCAAAGGUCCACCCAAACAGGGCGACGUAAUCCGCAUAGUUAAGAGUAGAGAAAAGAACGUUUUGACUGCCUUAAUCGCACGCCAUUUCACAGUCGUACUAUAUAAAAGUCCAGGCAUGUAUUUUUUCCUAACUUCAGCUGCUUCUGCAAGAUGCCUUCGUAAAGGUUAGACCUCUAAUUUAGUCUCCAACACUCCCGAUGUGAUUUCAAGCAACCCUUGAGUCUCGAGACGCCCCCAUAGUGGUUGAGACCGGCUGCACACUAGCCUUGAUAAAAACCGUAGUAAAAAGUAGCAUAUGGGUUUUUGGUACACCACGGAUUUUCAUUUCCGUGGCAUAAUUGAGAUUGAAGGCAAGGCCUUCUGCACACCUUCGUUACGGAAUGUUGCGUCUGUCGCAUUCUCAAAUAGGAGCGUUGGCCGAGCUCAGACUGACUGAGAUCAAACGCACCCCAACACACUGAAUCUAGUGUUGACUGCAACUGCGUUUGCAUGGUUGAUAAUGGCGUUUGACUUUGAUUCUCUUAAUUGAUUUGGCGGGUAGUUUGGACAACGAUAGGGUGUAUACUCCCAACUAACUUGAACUAGCCUGUGGACCGUGCCAUACGUUGAAUGGUGGUAGAGGGGAUUUUACGGGUGGGGCAACACAGGCAAAGAGCAAGAAGACAGAAACUAGAUAAAUUUCUAUCGAAAGUCCUAUCGUACGAUGUCAUUUGUCGAAGAGAGUGGGCGCGAUAAUUAAAAAAAUAAACAAAAAUCCAUUUUCAAAAGCGCCGGUGGUAAGUAAAUUCCAGGCAUUGGGAACGGUGAAUAUUAAGUGAUGUUUACAAUCACACUGAAUUCUAGGGCAUAUCUUUGGAGUUGCCAUCUUUUUUGUGCAACCUGCCCCUUUUCGUUCCGCCUAUUCUAACCGUAACACAUUUUUAUCUCAGUGUGUUAGAUGUACCCUCCACCCUACAUUCCUUCUUGUCACAUUCGGUUUUUCAGAUGAUGAUGAUGAAGAUGAUGAUGACGACGAAGAUGACGACGAUGAAGACCAGGCGGAGGAGGCCAUUGAGAGUGACGAGGACGUAAUUGAUGAGGAGGGAGCUCGUUAUUUGGAACUACUGGAAGCAGUGGUACGGUUUUUAGCCUCUAGAGGUGACAUGCCGCACAUCAAGAGUAUUUAUAGAUGGCUGCUAGCAGGCUCUGUUUGACCUCCGAAACCCCCCCCCCCUCUCCCUCCUUUGCAAUUAUUCAAUGGGUGCCUUUUCCGUCCCCCCCCCCGACGGACUUAACAAGACUAACCCAACCUCGCUGUGCGCUUGUUCAGGCUUUUGUGCCCGUUGUUGCCUUUGAGAGGGGUGGGGCUCUCAGUGGUACGCGGACAUUAUCUUUCUCCAGACCAGGGUACAAAGACAGCUUCCGAGCCGUUUUGAGUCAAAAGUUUAUCCCCCCCCGUCCAUCGUGGCCGUUAGCGCCCUUCCUACGGCCGUGGUCCUGUCCGCCUUAUUCGAACUGGAUGGUCGUGGAUUGUAUAAUUCUAUGCCCGACGAUCUGCGCUAGAGGAUCCGGAGUGCACGUCCACUUCCUCGGUGGGAGAGACCUACUAGUGAAGGUACAGGAACCAUCUAAUGCCUUAACGAAUUCUGUCGAGCCAGAUUUCGAGUUAGCCGCCUCCUCGACUGGUCUAGGUUGGUGGGCAACGACGCUGGAUGAAAGACAGCAUGAGGCGGACGACAAAUAACGCGUUCCAACCAUCUUGAUCAGCCUUUUUAAUGGCUUGAGUAUCCUCGCGAAGCUUGUUGCAACGAGUGCGGACUGUUUUGCAUGAGACGGAGUCAUACAUUGACGAAGGGAGGGUUCUCGGUCAAAGAUGGUCAAGCACUCCUACGCACGCAGCUCAGCACCCACGGUCGUAUAGGAGGACUUCUUGAGCUGGUACUCAGUGCACUUGGAUCUUUUUAACGAUGGAGAUAUCGUGUCGGGUCAAUUGACGCUUUCCACAUAUUGUUAAAACCCUGCAGGCUACAUUGGUUGAGGUAGCGAUAUUGUUAUUAGUUUUUCAGCUUGGCAGCAACUUCGUCCCGAGGUAUUUGAAGCCGUCUGCAUCUUAUAGCAAACAGCCAUUGACCCCCAAAUGCACCUUUUUGUCAUACACGCAGCUCGAAAUCUAGGCAUCUAGGCCCUCGAGGAUAAACCGACUGGUACCGCAACUUCAUUCUGAAGAUCAUAGCUUGACCAUAGCAGGGUGAUAUCGUAAGAGUGGUUGAGGUCAAUGAACCGGCGCUCAGGUGCGAAUUGAAUAGCGUAGGGUCCCUUCGAGAAUCCAGUAAAUGGCCUGGUUGGUGACGAUGUAACGUCAAGCGGUUGGGUGAAAUUAUUGUUAAUCAGAACUCGUACAGUGACCAUGGCAACAGGUUUUGCCACAGGAACACACGAUGAACUACCUCGAACGCUGCGGCGAACUAAACAAAGUAGACGGCCAUCGGUUCCUGGUUAGGCCUAGCGAAGUUUAAGAAUGCGCCUCAGUGGGAAUGCUUGGUCAGAGCAUCCACGUCCAGCUGUUGAUUAAUCUGCACACCCACAGCCGUCAACGAAGACUAUUCUCGAUAAUAAGCGGGGCUACGUCUGGCGCAUUGUCAGUCGCGGACUAGUAGUGGCAGCGCUAAUACAAUGCGGAGGCUUAAGCUCUGGCGGGCUCGGCAAACCUCACUGACGACACUAGAACUUGGUGAAAUUAAACUGCCGUCACGGCAGCUCUAAUCAGCCGUUGCCUUAUGCACUUUCAUGCAGCCGGGGGGUUGAACAUGCGCUUGAUUCUGCAGUCGGGGACUAUAUGGGCCUGUAAGGAGCAGUUUAAGACCCCGGGGUUCGCCCUACCCCCACCCACCCCCAUUGUCUCAUUGCAACCCUAGAUCUUUCAUCGUCUUUUAUGUCUAACUCCUGACGGCUGUCUUUAGGAAGCUGACGCCAGUGACAGUGAUGAGGACGACGAUGACUUUGACGCGGACUCUGUUCUGGAGGAAUUUGACACGGAACUGGACAAGGACGAGUGCAAGAUGGAUGAGUACGUCACCUUUUACCAGUUGAUGACGGACAUGGAGCAGAGUCAUCCGGGGUGGUAUCAGCAACUGGUUGCCCCGCUCUCAGAAGCCCAGAAGACAGAGUUCAAAAACAUCGCCGAGACAGCGCUCAAGUGCAUCCAACAGAAACGUAAGUUUUUAAUUAGUCAGGACCCUUGCUUGGCGCGUGAAACAUUCGGAUCGCAAUUUGCGGGCCGUGGUAGUACGAUUGAUUUCGAACUGCUCUGACGAUGCAGUGUAUAUUUUUUUAAAACUAACUAUAAAGAAGACAUAUAGCAUAUACAUAACACAUUAUUGGGAUUGCGAUCAUGCCGUGAUUGUCAUAGGAGUCGCUUUAUUGCAGGGCAGAGUGUGCGCAUUGGAAUUUCGGGUUUGACUCACCGACUUCGGGAAGCAACUUAUGAACGGUUGCGGUAGUGUCCCUUUUCCCACUCGCAGUCGAUUUCGGAAUCUUCAUUACUGUGUGACUGUCUUUUUGGACCCUGGACCGAAACUCUAGAGUAACACGGGACUCGUCUCACUGUCAGACCCGGUCGAUGAACUCCAGAUCGCAGCCGAUCUCCUUGGCCCAAUGAUAGUUCGGUGUUCCGCAACCGGUAUAAAUAGGGAUCUCACACCGCGGGUAUUGUCGGCAUGACGACAACCAAGCCAAAAAUAGUCAUCCGACCUCCCACUAGUCUAGCUCGCGAUAGUUCCGUAUUUUGGAUUUAAAUAUCACCGUAAAUUACGUUUCGGAUGACUCUAACGCUAUCAGGUUUCCAACUACAGUAUGUGUCGGUGUUUGUGCAGGACUUCUCAGGCUAGUAAUCUUUAAAAGUAAAGAGGUGUUUGUGGUUGACCAUUUGAGACGUGACUUUUUAAAGCAAUAGGAACUACCAUUUACAGCUCUCCGGCCUUGUGUCUCCAUUUCCUUAUAGUCCCUAUUCGUGAGCAGUGAGAUGGUUUUCUUUCAAACGCACACGCAGUAGUUUCUGACGUCUUGAAUGCAAAAACAAUUAUUUUUCUAAAAAAUUGGUUAGAAAUUGCAGGUUUGUCCAAAAAAUUGUUUCUACGUACUAGCUUUCGACAACCGAAUACCUGUGGUCGGGUGGGGCUGGCUGAUGAUGACUAAUAGGCCAGAACGGUUGUGCGGCUGCCUGAAAGGGUCCCAGAUUGACCCCCAAAAGCUUCACGAGAUGAGUAUGUCAUGCAAAUUGACCGGUGAACACACUUCCACCGCAGUCAACCUUCCCGGUCGCGACCGGGAGGUCAGGGAGUCCCCGGUUCAAUGAUAGUGCGUUGUCUUUGUAACAAUCAAUCACCAAGUAAUAGUCCGGGUUCGAAUCCUACUUUUUCCAGAUGUGGAGUUACGUAUGGCUAAUUGACGGCCGCUAGGAUGACCAUUUUUGGAUUCUAGCUGUUACAGGCAUGAAUAAUAAUCGCAAACCAAACCUACAUAGGCCACUUUACCCGCCACUGUAUUGUCAUCUUCUUUGAGUACUCUUGAAAGCACGUUAAAGGAUUUCGGGGACUUUACGGAUCUGCUGCACACUACUAUACCUCAAUCUCCGAUUGCGAAGACCUCUGAUUUACAUUCGAGUCGGUCGAUUUACGGUCACCUGGCUGUGUCACUUGGACCGUUAUCCUACGUCCUGUCCGCUGCCGCUGGGAAUAUUCAGAGUCACUCAGCACAUGUGUCUCUAUCAGUCUUUCUGUAUACUUUAGAAUCGCUAUCCCUAUCGUUUCUUUUUUAUUACUAUCCUGAUGUUUUCCCUUUCUGUUUUUAUUACCCCACUAAACGCGCAUUCUCUGUUCUUCAACAGAAUCCAAAGAAAUUGAGAAAGCCGGUGGAUAUUCUUUUCAACAGACAGACGUCCCCAGCAGUUUCGACUUCAGUGGAAAUCCACCUCCCGGCGUUUAA